ACGUCUGCAGACGUCCUUCAAAUGUUGACUGCAAGUCGACUUUGUAUAGACGUCUGCAGACGUCUUUCAAAUGUCGACUUUAAGACGUCUUGAAAAAGACAUUUUAAAAUUGCAACUAUAAAAGUUAAUUAUAAGUUAAUUACUUUUAGCAUUUGCUAAAUUAACAGUGCAAGAUUAUAUUUGUAAACGACAAAUAAAAUCGGUCGGCCGAUGACGCCACCGUUCAGUGCCUAGAGUUACGCGCGAUUGCUCCAAUCCAUCGGCGCAUUGCGCGUGCUCGAAGCUCAUCGUUUCCGGAGUAAAAGAGAAACAGACUCACUCUCUGUGUGCUGUUGCUCGCCGGCACCGAUUUCAGUUCGUGUGUAAGAAUUAAAUAGUAUAUUAAAGCUAAUUUAUAUGAAGUUGUCUCUUGUAAAACUAGAAUACUGCAGUGUUAAUUUAAUUGCUUCUAUUUUCAGUAUUGUGAACGAGAGAGAGAGAGAGAGAGAGAGAGAGAGAGAGAGAGAGAGAGAGAGAGAGAGAGAGAGAGAUAAACCGGAGUACGUGUGCCAUAUUGGGAAACCGGAGUAUACGUGUGCCAUAUUGGGAAACCAGAGCACGCGGUGUCGAGUCGGUGCCGAGUUUGGUUCGUGUUACUGUGAACGAGAAAGAGAGAGAGAGAGAGAGAGAGAGAGAGAGAGAGAGAGAGAGAGAGAGAGAGAGAGAGAAACCGGAGUAAAAUAACAAACGUGUGUAUUGGGAAACCGGAGCACGUGGCGGUGUCGAGUCGGUGCCGAGUCAACUAUAAAUGGUGUGGUACGUUGUUAUUGGCGACGAGUGGUGCUCUGUUGUACCCGACUCAUGGGUCUUCGAAAGCGAUUCAGUGAUUUGGUGGCCACCGAAAGGUAUCACUGUCACCACAGCAAUAUCAAAGGAAAUACAGCCCAACGAUGGAGUUUAACUCCAUACGAACAGUUGAUUGGCCCAUUUGAUUCUUUUCAAGAAGCUCGGAAAAUCGAGAAGAAAUCAGCUGAUAUCUCAUCGGAUGCUGAUACUGAUACUAUGCGUGCUGCAUUUGAUGAACCAUCCAAACGGCCGUAAAAAGCUAGAAAACUCUCCUCCGAUGAGUCUGACACCUCUGAUGCCAGUUCCUAUAAGUAAUAUGCCGCCAAUUUCCCAACAACGUAAAGUAGACUCUACUCCGAAACGGAUCAAUGAUUUGAACGAAAAGCAACACAAGUCUAAAAAAUUGUCCGGCAUCUUGUCAGCUAAUUUUGGGAAAAUCAAGCCUGCAAUGAUGGAGCGUCAUCAAGAAUGGCACGAUGAAUGUUACCUAUCUGACAUACAAGGUAUACAUACACAGUAUCAAUAAUUUAAAUAUAAAUGUGUAUAAUGUUAAUAUUAAAAUGUAAAACGUUAUUACGAUUUCUUAAAAUCAUAGUUUCUUAAAAAAAUAAUAAAUUUAUUUCUAAGUUUUAUUAAUCUAGUAUACAGUAUUGCUUCGUAAGUGCUGCAUAAAAGCUAUUAUCACGAAAUCUUAUUUAUUCUUUAAUGCAAGUAAAAGUCAUGAUUUAAUAAUAAUAAAAAAUGAUUUUGAUAAGAAAAACAUUGUUAUGAAACAAAGAAA